GACUGCUGCUGCUUGUGCAUCCACUCUACAACGAAACGAGGCGAGGCAAGACGAGGCGAGACGACGACGAUGCUCGAUGGAGACGAGGACGAGGACAGGAGGUCGCCCUCGCCGCCAGUGGCAUCCUUCGUCAAGAAGAAGAAGAACAAAGGCCGGGCUUCGGCUGGUGCAAAGAUCAGAGAGCGCGCGUCGUCACCCUCCGAAGCGGUUCCUGGGCAAAGUAAGCAAGGUGCCGAUGACGAGGAUGAUCGGAGCCAGGGCGGCGAUGGCCAAGUGAAUGGCAUUCGCAGAACCGCAGGGAUAGGUUCGCCUUCAUUCAGAGCUAUUGGAAGCAGAGGGCGAGGUGGCGCGUCCGCCCGGCCUUCGCUGAGUUCUUCGUCUUCGUCUUCUCGAGUAGGCCUAAGCUUUGGCGGGGGACCAGAAGGGGAAAAAGGAGGGGAUGAGGGCGAAGCGUUUCAGCUCAGGAAAAGUGCGCUUGCUAGGGCAUCUCAAGAAGCGAGACGAACCAGUGCAGCAGGCCCGCCAGAGUCCCUCGAUCAGGCCAGUAUCGGCUCCGGAGCAGGUAGCGCAUACAGUCCAGCAGCCCUGGCCGACUUAAAAGCCGCUACGCCCGGGCGAAAGGGAGUGGCGAUGGACACGGACGAGAGUCCAGGAGGAGAUGACGCUUACACAGCAGUCUCUGAUCCCAUGGUCCAGGUCGACGAGUCGGGCGAGAGCCUGGCUCGGAUGAAAUUUGGGGCCGACUUUGCUGAAGAGGGCAUCCCAAGCGAGGCUCUGGUCAACGCAGCGAAGGAGAAGCGGAGGCGAGCGGCUCAGGGUAAAAGCGAUGAGAAUACAAAUGGACAAGAGGAUUUCAUUUCGCUAGGUGGGAGCUCUCGAGGCCCACAUCCGGAGUCGAGGCUUCAGCGCGAGGAUGACGAAUGGGGUUCAGGCGAAGAAGAGUUCGCAGAUUUCACGGGCGCGACGGAGAGAGUGGCACUGAGCAAAAGGGCCAUCGAAGAGGAGAAGCAAAAGAGGCGUCAGGAGAUGCGCGAAAGAGUGGACGAACUCGAUGAGGAAGACAACAGUGAGGAUGAAUGGGAAAGGGCCCAGAUGAGCAGAAUCGACACAACGGGCGCCCGGCAAAAGAGAGAGCAUCGCGAAAAAUCACCUUUCAAGCCUGCUCCGAUUCCACUCACGGCGCCGCUUCCCACGCUGACUUCGACUUCGGCCCGUCUUGCUGCUCAGGUCAAGGAACUCGAAACAUCGGCAAUGAGCCAUGAGAAGGUAGCCGACGAUGCUGUGAGGGGUCUGGAGCAGCUGCAGCACGAAGAAGCGGAGAACAAGGUGGACAUUGAGCAAGCUGGCGACAAGGAAGCUUGGUUCAGGGAGUUCGAAGAGUUUAUCCUGAGCGUAGCGGCCUUCUUGGAUGACAAAGCUCCUCGACUAGAAGCACUGGAAGCGGAUUGGAUGGGCCUUCUGCAGGAGCGGACGAGAAUGACGCAGCGAAUACGGGCCCGAGACGCAGAGGACGAGCUUUCGCUGUUCUUUGGAGUGCCCAGCCGAUCUCUGCUGCCCGGCAAUAGUAAAUUGUCCGAAGAAGAACAGAGCGACAAUGCGAGCGAAAUCUCAAGGCUUCCACAGGAGGAAGGCGACGCAUCGAGCCCAAUCCGAAUCUCUCGACGCGAGAAGGCAGCUGCCAGAGGCGAGAAAGGAUACGAUCUGGAGGCUUCGGACUUCGCUGCCUUUGCCAUUGCUCGUCAGGACUUGGAACGUCGGCUCAAACAACUCUUCGACGAUGUCAAGGCAGCCGAAUUUCUUGAUCCCGCCGCCGAGAUCACAAGGGAGUCCGAUGGGCGAAAGGCGCUACACCCUGCCAGCCUGGCUGCGCGCUUCAUGCAUUGGCGAAAGCGUUAUCCCGACGACUAUGCUGGCGCAUGGGGCGGCCUAGCUCUGUCUGGUGUCUGGGAGUUCUGGGCGAGGAAGCAGUGCUGCCUCUGGGACAUCUUCAGGGCAUUCUCGAAUGGCCAGAGGGGAGCAGAGGAGGAAGCGACAUUAGGCCCGAGUAGCCUAGACAGGUUUCCAUGGUUCAUCGAGCUGACGCACUACGCAGAGGCGAAUUACGAGGGAAAGCCAGCUGGGGCUAUCGGUGGCGACGAAGAGGUGGUGCAAUCUAUCAUCAACAACGUCGUCAUUCCAAGGGCCUUGAGUCUCGUCGAAGCCGGGGCCUUUGAUCCCUGGGACCCACGGGACAAUCGAGGAGCUCUGGAGCUCGUCGAGCAGCUCAGCUAUCUCAUCGAAAAGAGCUCAGCACCUUUUCAGUCACUUGUCUCGGCAUUUGUCGCCCGCUUCAAGGCCCAUGUCGAUUGCCUGCUCCAAGUCACAGCCUCUUCGGCACCCGCUAUCCCGGCGCCCGGCUUUCAUCCACUGGCUCCGCCUGCGCGGGUGAGCUUCUGUCAACGGAUCGCACAUCUCUACGGCAACUUGACCCGCUGGAACCGGCUCGUCGGUCCGGCCGAGCGACCAGCGUUUGUGGACCUGGUCGACCAGCUCGUGGGAAGAGUCCUGUGGUCAUUCGUCCUGGAGACGAAAGAGGUAGGAGGAGUGCCAAUCAUUAUGCAAAUUCUGACGUCAACGCCGCCCAACCUUCUUCGACCAGAUGUGAAGACGAGACUGGAGGGCUUUGUUACCAAUGCAUGAUGGAUGAUAAGAUUACAAACUGUAACAGUACCACUACAAAGCAAUUAUUGUUUUUCUCAUU